UAGACUCUAGGCUUCCUGAUAGCUCUGCGCCGUCCCCCUCCCCACUACCGUUUGCGCGUAUUGAGUCAGAGAGCAAAGGAGGAAUCCUCCGUUGCCAGUGCCGGAGGCCCGCAAAUGGAGAAGCUGCUGAAGGACUUCGACGUCGAUCCGAAGAACCCCUCGGUGGAGGCUCAGAGGCGAUGGCGGGCGGCCGUCACCAUCGUGAAGAACCGCCGGCGGCGUUUCCGCAUGGUCGCCGAUCUCGCCAAGCGUUCCGAGGCCGAGAAGAAGCGGCGCAGCAUCCAGGAAAAGAUACGAGUUGCACUUUAUGUUCAGAAAGCAGCUUUACAGUUCAUUGAUGCUGGCGGCCUGCCUGAAUACAAGCUCUCUGAUGAAAUCAGAGAAGCAGGUUUUGGUAUUGACCCAGAAGAACUCGCCUCUAUUGCACGGGGGCACGAUAUAAAGCGCUUGAAACUUCAUGGUGGAGUUCAAGGGAUUGCAAGUAAAGUGUCGGCCUCUCUUGAUGAGGGUAUCUGCACAGAAGACCCAUCCUCAAAAUCUUCAAUAUCUGUCAGGCAAAGGAUCUACGGCUUUAAUCGAUUCACGGAGAAACCUGCAAGAUCCUUUCUAAAAUUUGUAUGGGAAGCCCUGCACGAUCUGACACUCAUUAUUCUUAUGGUUUGUGCUGUGGUUUCUAUAGGUGUUGGGAUUGGUACAGAAGGAUGGCCAAAGGGAAUGUAUGACGGACUAGGAAUAUUACUUAGUAUAUUUCUGGUGGUCAUUGUAACAGCAAUUAGUGACUAUAAGCAGUCCUUGCAAUUCAGGGAUUUGGAUCGGGAGAAAAAGAAAGUAUUUGUUCAGGUUACAAGGGAUGGGAAAAGAGAAAAAGUGUCCAUCUAUGACCUGGUUGUUGGAGAUAUUGUUCAUUUAUCCAUUGGAGACCUAGUUCCAGCAGAUGGUCUUUUUAUAACGGGGUACAGCCUUCUAAUUGAUGAGUCAAGCCUGUCAGGUGAGAGUGAGCCAGUCAAUGUUUACAAGGAAAAGCCUUUUCUUCUUUCCGGAACUAAAGUGCAAGAUGGUUCGGGAAAAAUGUUGGUGACAACGGUUGGCAUGAGGACCGAGUGGGGAAAGUUGAUGGAAACAUUGGGUGAGGGUGGAGAAGAUGAGACACCACUACAAGUAAAGCUGAAUGGGGUCGCCACAAUCAUUGGUAAGAUUGGUUUGGGCUUCGCAGUGCUCACCUUUAUGGUGCUGGCAGUACGAUUCUUGGUGGAGAAAGCAUUAAAACAUGAAUUAACUAGCUGGUCUUCUACUGAUGCUUUGACGCUUGUUGAUUAUUUUGCUAUCGCAGUUACUAUAAUUGUCGUUGCUGUGCCAGAGGGACUGCCUCUGGCAGUGACACUAAGCCUUGCCUUUGCUAUGAAGAAGCUAAUGAAUGACUGGGCACUUGUGAGACACCUCUCAGCCUGUGAGACAAUGGGUUCUGCUAGUUGCAUAUGCACUGAUAAGACUGGAACGUUGACCACAAACCACAUGGUUGUUGAUAAGAUAUGGUUUACUGGUAAAGCUACGGACAUGAAGGGAGCUGAGGGUAAAGAUAUCUUGAAAUCAGAAACAUCUGAAGAAGUUUUAGCCAUCCUUUUGCAGGCAAUUCUUCUAAAUACAAGUUCUGAAGUUGUCAAGGGUAAAGAUGGUAAGCAAUCAAUUUUGGGAACACCCACAGAAUCAGCACUUUUGGAGUUUGGAUUGCUUUUGGGUGGUGAUUUUGCGGCACACCGCUGGGACACUAAGACACUAAAGGUUGAGCCUUUCAGUUCAGUAAGGAAGAAAAUGUCUGUGCUGGUGGCUCGACCAGAUGGCAUGGCAAGGGCUUUCUGCAAAGGUGCAUCAGAAAUUGUUCUUGGAAUGUGUGACAAGAUUGUUGACAAGGAAGGCAAUUUUGCUUCCAUGUCUGAAGAGCAGGUUAAAAAUAUGACUGAUGUUAUUAAUGGUUUUGCAAGAGAAGCACUGAGGACACUUUGCUUGGCAUUUAAAGACGUAGAUGACACUUCUGGAAACAUUCCUGAGAGUGGGUAUACCCUGAUAACAAUAGUUGGAAUUAAAGAUCCCGUACGCCCUGGAGUCAAAGAAGCAGUUAAAACUUGUUUAACAGCUGGCAUUACUGUUCGUAUGGUAACUGGGGACAAUAUUCAUACUGCUAUGGCUAUAGCUAAAGAAUGUGGAAUCCUCACAGAGGGUGGUAUUGCUAUAGACGGACUGGAUUUCCGUGGCAAGUCCCUAGAAGAGAAGAAGGAAAUCAUUCCAAGGAUUCAGGUAAUGGCGCGGUCUUUGCCUUUGGACAAGCACACCUUGGUCACCAUUCUCAGGAAAGAGCUCAAUGAGGUUGUUGCUGUGACUGGUGAUGGGACCAAUGAUGCUCCUGCUUUGAAAGAGGCAGACAUUGGACUUGCUAUGGGCAUAGCUGGCACAGAGGUUGCCAAAGAAAGUGCCGAUGUCAUAAUAAUGAAUGACAAUUUCACAACCAUUGUGAAUGUGGCCAAAUGGGGACGUGCAGUAUAUAUAAACAUUCAGAAGUUUGUGCAGUUCCAGUUAACAGUGAAUGUGGUUGCUUUAGUGAUAGACUUUGUCUCAGCAUGCAUUUCAGGAUCUGCCCCACUCACGGCUGUGCAGUUACUCUGGGUCAACAUGAUAAUGGACACCCUGGGUGCACUGGCAUUGGCCACAGAGCCGCCAAAGGAUGAAUUGAUGAAUAGACGACCGGUAGGACGGGGUACCAGCUUCAUAACAAGGGCCAUGUGGAGAAAUAUAAUUGGUCAGAGCAUUUAUCAACUAGCUGUCCUUGGAGCUCUCAAUUUUGAUGGGAAGAGUUUACUUGGACUUCAUGGUUCAGAUGCUACUGAAGUCCUGGAUACUGUGAUUUUCAACACAUUUGUUUUCUGCCAGGUAUUUAACGAAAUAAACAGCAGAGACAUAGAGAAGAUAAACAUAUUCCGGGGCAUCUUCAGCAGCUGGAUAUUCCUCGUCAUCAUAGUUUCCACAGUUGUAUUCCAAGCAAUCUUGGUGGAGUUCCUCGGCACUUUCGCGAGCACUGUGCCACUAAGCUGGCAACUGUGGGUGCUAUGCGUCUUGCUUGGCUCAGUGAGCUUGCCUUUAGGAGCUCUUAUCAAGUGCAUCCCUGUUGGACAAGAUGCACCAAAGCCUCAAGAUGGACAUGAGCAUCACGACGGGUAUGAGCCGCUGCCUUCCGGUCCAGAACUGGCUUGAACGCGAUGGAGAGCCAAAGGCAUUUUCAAUGACUAACUCAGAUCAUGAAAGUUGAGAAGGAAUAAGAGAGCAUUAGGAGAUUUAGGGACGUAGCUUCUACAGGAUACAUCCUUUUUUACUUCGUUUUGGAUUUUCUAACUUAACCAGUCAGUUUUUCCUAAGGGUUUGCUCGUUCUCGAACCCAAAGUUUUGAUGUUUCGCGGGGAUACCCCGAUUUCUUUCA